AUGAACUAGUUGAUGGAAUCACCUUGCUACUAUGCAACUAUUUUCCUCUUUUUAAGCCUCUUAAUUUGCUUAAAAAAGAGAGCUACAUAAGAUUUGGUACUUUAUGCAUAGAAAGGAUCACAACAUUUAAAACCAGCUCUCAGCAAUAAAAAGUUUAACUCGAUGAAAUACAGAGAUCCUUUCCUGAUCUUCUCUGCUCCUUUGUAAAUAGCAAAGCAUACGCUGUUAAGUGCCAAUAAAAAGUACAGAUCAAAGUACUAAUAUUUAAGAGAAGUAUUCACAUAUCCAAAUGGUGGCACAUGUGCUAUUGAUUGGGUGAAUGAGAUCUCAACAAAAGGUGAUUAGAGACCACUCCUCAUUUUAACUCCAGGAUUAAUGGGUGACUCUAACGCCAUCUACAUUAUUGGAAGUAUUGAUGUUGCAAUUAAAUAAGGCUAUUGUAUUGUCAUUAUCAGUCAAAAGGGAUCCAACGGCCUCAAUCUAACAUCACCUGAUAUUUCUGGGAUAACAUCAGGCUGGGAUCUGCAACCUCCCAUAUAGUACAUUUAUAAUAAAUACUGCGUUAAUGAGAAGAAAGAAAAAGCUAGACAAAUUUUUCUGUUUGGUGUCUCAUACUCUGGGUACUUAAUUUCUCACUACUUAGCUCAGUUCCCUGAAGAUAGUAAAGUGUUGGAUGCUGUUGCAAUUGUCGGAUCAUCUCAUUAAACAGCAGCUUCUCAAGAAAAUAUGUAUAAAUACUUAUUUGGAUCUUUUGAUAAAUACAUGACGAAAAAGUUUAAAGGAGUAUUGAGCAAAAAUGUAACCAUUUUAAAGGAUGUGACACUACAAAAAGCUGGAAUAGACCUAGAAAAGUUCUUACAAGAUAAGAAUAAUAAACUGCAUCAAUAUAAUGAGUUGGUUGGGAAAUUAAAUGGAUUUAAAGACAUUGAUGACUAUUACAUCAAUGGAUCGAUGAACAAGACUUUCCCAAAGAUUUAGAAUCCAAUUCUAUAUUUACAUUCACUAGACGACCCUGCUAUUGGUUCCAAGAAUAUUGAUUAUGAGGAAUGUAUGAAGAACCCUCACAUUCUGCUUGGUACGACAAGAACUGGGUCCCAUGUUUGUCACUACGAAGGCAUAUUCUCAACAGAUAUGUGGUAUUCGAAGGUCUGUAUCGAAUUUUUAAAUUCUUAUAGAAAUGAUUUGAAAUGA